AUGUUGUGUCGUCUCCGCAGUCACAACAUCCGACACUUAUCGCUGUUGGAAUUGUCCAGCAAGAAGCAAUUGAUGGCCAGAAGCAAUCGAGUUGGGUUUGCUAGCGGAAAUGCGUUGCCGUUUAUAAAAAUACCGGGCCCUCGGCGAUUGCCGCUGCUCGGUAUGCUAAACGAUAUCAUGCACCUCGGAAAACCAGCUGAGUUGCAUCUACGCAUUUCCAAGUAUCACGAGCUGUACGGUGACCUGGUGCGAUUGCAGAUUGGCACCCAAAAUGCAGUAUUUGUGCGCGAUCCACAACUAAUGCGCAAAACAUUCCAGCUCGAGGGACCAUACCCACGCCAUCCGUUGCCGGAAUCGUGGACGUAUUUCAAUAAGAAGCACGACUACCAACGUGGGUUGUUUUUCAUGGACGGUAGGGAAUGGUUGCAGGCGAGACAGAUUUUCAACAAACCCAUGUUGAAAGAUUUCAAUUGGAUGGAGCUACCGAUCCGCGGGACUUGUGCUGCUACGGUCGAACACAUCAAGCAGAACUGUGAUGAUACAUUCGUCUUUGAUGGUAUAGAGGCAUUCCUGUACCAGUGGUCUGUCGAAGUGGUGCUAAGCGUGAUGCUUGGAGCAUCCUUUCCGAAAUGUCAACAGUCGCCGGAGUUUCGGCAACUGGUAGCACAGUUCUCAUCCGUAGUGUAUGACAUCUUCCGGUUUAGCUCCGAACUGAUGAACAUUCCACCGGCAAUCGCAGACCGUUUGAACGUACAACCAUGGCAACAGUUUGAGAAGGUGGUACCUGAAACGAUACGCCUCGCAACUGAUAUAAUAGAAUUCGGUAUAGCCAACUCCCAAUCAAACGACGGAUUGCUAGAUCUGAUGGUACAAAAGCUUGAUAAACCAUUGAUGAUGCGGAUCUUUAUAGACUUCAUAAUUGCCGCCGGAGAUACGACUUCAUUUGCUACCGUUUGGGCGCUUUAUUUGCUGGCAAACAAUCCCACCGUUCAGGAAUCGGUGCGAGAAAAUAUACGCGAGUCGAACACACUGGAAUGUACGGCGGUAAAGGGUGUCGUACGGGAAACGUUGCGUCUUUAUCCGGUCGCUCCAUUUAUUGGCCGAUUCCUGGAGGAUGAAUGUAGUUUUGGAGAGUAUCUACUACCCAAAGAUACGCUUGUGUUAUUAUCACUGUACAGUGCUGGCAGGGACGAACGAUUCUUUAUUCAACCGAACCAGUUCAAUCCGUACCGAUGGCAACGAAACACAGCCACACCUAGUAACAAAGUAGGCAAUACGGCAUCCGCUUCGUUGCCGUUUGCAAUCGGAGCGCGGUCGUGCAUCGGGCAAAAGAUCGCCCAGCUACAAAUGCAUUAUUUAAUAUCCAUGAUGUUAACGAAUUUUGAAGUUGGCCUGGCAGAGAAGGAUCAACAGGAAUCGAUUAAACCGAUUCUCAAGAUGAUUACGGUACCAAACAUGCCCGUGAAAGUGUCUUUUAAAGCCAUUCAAACUAACGCCUAG